AGGCCUCUACAGUAUCUGGCAUCAGUGCUUUUUCAGCUCAUUGGAAACUAGGAUCAAUCCUGCCCUUGUACUGCGAUCCUCAUUCAAAGAUUAACUUUGCCGAGAAGAUAUAAGGGAACCUGAGGUGGAGUUUUUACAACUACAACUGACUUUGGUAUUCGGCACUGGUGAAGAAACAAAAGCCAUUGUACCAUAUCCUAUAACACACUGAAGCCAUUUAAAAAUCUGUUUUGCUGUGUUUUUUUUUUAUUUUGGACUGUAUCCAAGCUCUUCCUUUUGCAAAUGCUUUGUUGUGAGGAAGAUGUGGAAGAAUUGUAUGAAAGAGAAGAUGUUCAAAAGAAAACAUUCUCAAAAUGGAUAAACUCACAGUUUGCUAAGGCUGGGAAAUCUCAGAUUGAAGACCUCUUCACUGAUCUUCGGGAUGGGAGACGGCUUCUGGAUCUCUUGGAAGGCCUAGCAGGCCAUGCACUAGCAAAAGAAAAGGGCUUCACAAGAGUUCAUGCGCUGAACAAUGUCAACCGAGCAUUGCAAGUCCUGCAGAAAAAUAACGUUGAGCUGGUAAACAUUGGAGGAGCUGACAUAGUGGAUGGAAAUCAUAAACUUACCUUGGGUUUGAUUUGGAGCAUUAUCCUCCACUGGCAGGUAAAGGAUGUUUUGAAAAACAUCAUGGCUGGUUUGCAACAGACAAACAGUGAGAAGAUCCUGCUAAGCUGGGUGCGCCAGUCAACCCAGGACUACCAGGAAGUCAAUGUCGUCAAUUUCACCAACAGCUGGUCUGAUGGUCUGGCCUUCAAUGCACUCAUCCAUAGUCAUAGGCCUGACCUCUUUGAGUGGAGCAGCGUACUGAAGUAUCAGUCAGCGAUUGAAAAACUGGACCAUGCAUUCAGCACAGCCAAACAACACCUAGACAUCGAGAAACUGCUGGAUCCUGAAGACAUUGCAACCACACACCCAGACAAAAAGUCCAUCAUUAUGUACGUCACAUCGCUCUUUCAAGUCCUGCCCCAACAAGUAACCAUUGAAGCCAUCCGAGAAGUGGAGACUCUACCCCGGAACACAAAGGUGACUCAGGAGGAACAUUUUCAGAUCCAGCAUCAACAACGAUAUUCCCAGCAGAUCACAGUCAGUGUUGCACAGGGCCGUGUGCGCACCCCCUCUCCUUCUCUUAAACCACGCUACAAAAGCUAUGCCUACACACAAGCUGCUUAUGUCAUGUCAUCUGACCAAAAGAGGAGGCGCUUUUCUCCCCAGCCUGAAGCCCAGGAAGGCAAGGUUGUGGGCAGCCCGCUGAUGGAAGCUGAAGUUCACCUGGACAGCUACCAGAGUGCAUUGGAAGAGGUGCUAACAUGGCUUCUGUCAGCUGAGGAUGCUUUGCACACACAUGGAGAUGUCUCCAGCGAUGUGGAAGAGGUCAAGGAGCAGUUUCACACCCAUGAGGGCUUCAUGAUGGAAUUAACAUCUCACCAGGGCAGUGUGGGAAAGGUUCUCCAGGCUGGAGGCAAGUUGUUAUCAGAAGGGAAGCUGUCAGAAGAUGAAGAAAAUGAGAUCCGAGAACAGAUGAAUCUCCUGAACUCCAGAUGGGAAAAUCUCAGGGUAUCCAGCAUGGAGAGGCAAACCAAACUACAUGAAGUUUUAAUGUACCUGCAACAUCAGCAAUUGAAACAGCUGGAAGGUUGGCUUACGACAACAGAAGCAAGAAUCAACAGAAUGGAGACACAGCCUCUCGGUCCUGAUCUGGAAGAUGUAAAGAACCAAGUAGAAGAACACAAACUUCUCCAAGAGGACCUAGAGACAGAGCAAGUGAGAGUGAACUCCCUAACCCACAUGGUAGUGGUGGUGGAUGAGAGCAGUGGAGACAGCGCCACAGCUGCCUUGGAGCAGAAACUGCAGAGCUUGGGAGAAAGGUGGGCAGCCAUUUGCAAGUGGACAGAGGAGCGCUGGAUCCUUUUACAGGAGAUUGUUCUUAAGUGGCAGCACUUCACUGAGGAGCAGUGCCUCUUUGAUGCCUGGCUGAUGGAAAAAGAAGAAGCUGUUAACAGGAUCCAAACAACCGAUUUCAAAGACCAGAACGAAAUGGUUGCCAGUCUGAGACAAUUAGCUGUCCUGAAAGGGGACUUGGAAAUGAAGAGACAGACCAUGGAUAAGUUGUGCGCACUCAGCCAGGACCUCCUGUCAGCCGUAAAAAACAAGGACGUAGCUCACAAGCUGGAAGCUCGUCUAGAGGAUUUCGCCCAGCGCUGGGACAGCCUUGUGCAGGCCCUGGAGAAGAGCUCCACACAGAUUUCACAGGCUGUCACCACUGCUCAGCCAUCACUAACGCAGACCACAGUAAUGGAAACUGUAACUAUGGUGACCACCAGAGAGCAGGUCCUGGUUAAACAUGCUAAGGAAGAGCUCCCUCCACCCCCGCCCCAGAAGAAGAGGCAGAUUGUGGUGGACUCUGAACUUCGGAAAAGGUUUGGUGUGGAUACGACCGAGCUGCACAGUUGGAUGACCAGAUCUGAAGCCAUACUCCAAAGUCCAGAGUUUGCGAUUUCCCGGAAAGAAGGGAACCUCUCAGAUCUUCAAGAGCGAGUAAAUGCUAUUGAGAGAGAGAAGCCAGAGAAGCACAGAAAGCUGCAAGAUGCCAGCCGAUCAGCUCAGGCACUGGUGGAACAGAUGGUGAAUGAGGGCCUUAAUGCUGAUGACAUCAAGCAGGCCUCGGAGCAGUUGAACAACCGCUGGGUUGAGUUCUGUCAACUGCUUGGAGAGAGACUGGCUUGGCUGCAGUACCAGAACAAGAUUUUAGCCUUUAACAGCCAGCUUCAGCAGAUUGAGCAGGCUGUAGUGACUGUGGAGAACUGGCUGAGGAGCCAACAACCACCAGCAGCAGACCCUGAACCCAUCAAACUACAGCUCGAGAAAUGCAAGGAUGAGGUCACUCGCUUGUCUGGACUGCAGCUUAAAAUUGAGGAGCUGAAAGACCAAGGGAAGGAGCUCAAGGAAAAGGAAGACGUGCCCAUGUUUCUUGAGGCUGAUAUCGCAGCGCUCACCAACCACUAUAACCAGGUUCUGGCUGACCUUCAGUCAAAGGAAACACAGCUAAAGACUCUUCUAGAGAGCCUGCCACCUACCCAAUAUAAGGAGACUGUGACUACCCUCUUGUUGUGGAUCCAGCAAUCAGAAACCAGGCUCUCCAUUCCUCAGGUUACAGUCACUGAGUACGAAGUCAUGGAGCAGAGACUUAAGGAAUUAAAGGUCUUACAGGGCUCCCUGCAGGAACAGCAGAGUGGCCUCAACUACCUAACAUCCACCAUGGAGGAGGUGUGUCAGAAAGCCCCCGUGGAGAUCAGCAAGAAGUACCGGCUGGAGAUCGAGGCCAUCCUCUGCCGCUGGAAGAAGCUGUCAGCUCAGCUGGGAGAACAGUGCCAGAAACUGGAGGAGCUGAUGACCAAACUCCAGCAGUUUCAAAACGACACAAAAACUCUGCAGAAAUGGAUGGCAGAAGUGGAUGUUUUCCUAAAUGAAGAAUGGCCUGCGCUGGGAGAUUCAGAAGCUCUUGAAAAGCAACUGGAGCAAUGCACAGCUUUGGUGAAUGACAUCCACACGAUCCAGCCCAGCCUGAAUGGUAUCAACAAUGUGGGUCAGACUCUCAAAAGCGAGGCGGAGCCUGCCUUUGCCAGCAAGCUGCAGGAAGAGCUCACUGAACUCAAUGCUCAGUGGGAGAAUAUCUGCAAACAGGCUUAUGCUAAAAAGUCAGCCUUAAAGGGUGGAUUAGACAAGACGGUGAGUCUAAGGAAGGACCUCUCUGAAAUGCAGGAGUGGAUAACACAGGCGGAAGAAGAUUACCUGGAGCGGGAUUUUGAGUACAAAACACCAGAGGAGUUGAAAAAGGCAGUGGAGGAGUUAAAGAGGGCUCGAGAGGAGGUCCAGCAGAAGGAGGUGAAGGUAAAGCUCCUCACAGAUUCGGUGAACAGUUUCAUAGCAAAGGCUCCUCCCGUCGCUCACGAGGCCUUAAAAACUGAACUUGGAGUUCUGACGUCCAACUACCAGAGACUGUGCAGCAGGCUGAAUGGAAAAUGCAAAACAUUAGAGGAGGUCUGGGCCUGCUGGCGUGAACUCCUGUCAUAUCUCGAGACAGAGAACAGAUGGCUGGACGAGUUGGAACUUAAACUGAGAGCUACAGACAACAUCCAGGGGGGUGCAGAGGAAAUCUCAGAGGCAUUGGAUUCUCUGGAAAGCAUGUUGCGCCACCCAGAGGACAACCGUAAUCAGAUUCGAGAGCUUGCCCAGACACUGACAGAUGGAGGAAUCCUAGAUGAGCUGAUUAAUGAGAAGAUAGAGACCUUUAAUACUCGCUGGGAUGAGCUUCUGCAGCAGGCUGUAAGGAGACAGCAGUCUCUUGAGCAUAGUAUCCAGUCUGCUCAGGAAACUGACAAAACAAUGCGCUUAAUCCAGGAGUCUCUAGCAACCAUUGACCGCCACCUAACAGCCUACAUUACAGAUCGGAUUGACGCAGCUCAGAUCCCAACGGAAGCACAGAAAAUCCAGUCUGAGCUGAGCAGCCAUGAAAGCAGCCUGGAUGAAAUGAAAAAGAGAAAGCUUGUAAAGGAAACUUCAGAGCGAGUCACUUCACAGAUUGACAUAACGCAGAAAAAGCUACAGGAAGUCUCCAUGAAGUUCCGCUUGUUCCAGAAGCCAGUGAACUUUGAGCAACGCCUGUUGGAUUGUAAGAGGACUCUGGAUGAUGUGAAGGCCCAGUUGCCAUUGUUGGAGAUGAAAAGUGUGGAGCAGGAUGUUCUGCAGUCACAGUUGGAUCAAUGCAUGAAAUUUUACAAAAGUUUGAGUGAGGUGAAGUUGGAAGUUGAGACAGUCAUAAAGACUGGGCGCCAGAUUGUUCAGAAGCAGCAGACUGAAAACCCCAAAGAGCUGGAUGAGAGACUCACAGCUUUGAAAGUGCAGUACAAUGAAAUGGGUGCCCAGGUGACGGAAGGGAAGCAAGACCUGGAGAAGUGUUUGAAAUUGUCCCGGAAGCUGAGGAAAGAGUUAAAUGCUCUGACCGAAUGGCUGGUGGCAACGGAUACAGAGUUGACAAAGCGGUCUGCAGUGGAGGGGAUGCCCACUAAUUUGGAUGCUGAGGUUGCAUGGGGAAAGGCUGUACAGAAAGAGACUGAGAAGCACCAUCAGCAGCUGAAGAAUAUCUCUGAUCUGGCUGAAGCUGUGAAGUCUACACUUCAUGGCAAGGAGAACCUAGUAGAAGACAAAGUCAGCCUCCUGAACUGUAAUUGGAUAGCAGUGACCUCGCGGGCUGAGGAGUGGCUAAACUUGUUGUUGGAUUAUCAGAAGCAGAUGGAAAUUUUUGAUCAGAACAUUGCCCAAAUCACCGCCUGGAUGUACCGCGCUGAGAUACUUUUGGACGAGUCAGAAAAGCAGGAAUAUAGAGAGGAAGUGUUAAAGAGUUUGAAGGCUGAGUUGAGUGAUAGUCGUACGAAGGUGGAGGCAGUGCGUGACCAGGCCGAGGACCUCAUUAAGAACCGUGGAGAUCACUGCAGAGAAGUCAUAGAGCCCACGCUGACAGAGCUUAAUCAGCGAUUUGAGGCUUUAUCAUGCAGGAUAAAGACUGGGAAGGCCUCUGUUUCCUCCAGAGAAGUGGAGCAAUAUCACGCAGAUGCACAGAAAUGGCUUGAACAGCUGGAGGCAGAGGUUAAGCAAGGAGAGAACCUGAAAGAAGAGGAUUUUCAGAAAGAUGCGGGAGAUGCAGAGGAAGGGGCAGUGAAAGAGCUUUUGCAGAAAGGAGAGAACCUACAGCAGCGAGUUCCAGAUGAGAGGAAACGAGAGGAGAUCAGAAUAAAACAACACCUGUUAAAUUCUAAAUAUGACACUGUCAAGGACCUGAGAUCUCUGAGGAAGAAAAAGGCUCUGCCAAUAUCACCCCAGUGGUACCAGUACAGGCGGCAGACUGACAACCUACUGCAGUGGCUUGAUGACAUUGAGAAAAAGGUAGCCAGUCUACCAGACCCCAGAGAUGAACAAAAGAUAAAGGAGAUUGAUGCUGAACUGGAGGAGAAGAGAGAAGACCUGAAUGCAGUCAACAGGCAGGCUCAAAGCUUGUCAAGGGAUGGGGCUGCAAAGGCAGUGGAGCCGAGCUUGAUCCAGCUCAACAAACGCUGGCAAGAAAUAGAGAGCAAAUUUGCUCAGUUCCGACGACUGAACUUUUCACAAAUUCAAACGGUUUAUGGAGAGACGACAGUUGUGACGACUGAAGGGGUGACUGUGGAGACCUCUCAUGUACCUUCUGCAUACCUAGCAGAGAUACGCUGCCUGCUCCACUCCAUAGCCGAGGUGGAAUUUCUCCUCAACUCCCCUGAAUACUGGGCUGGAAACUUCCACAACUUCUCAAAUCAAGAAGAUUGUCUGAAGAAUGUGAAAUACAACCUGGGGCAGCUGUCCAGUAGGGUGGAGGGUGUCCACAGUAAGAAAGCAGCAGCCCUUCAGAGUGCCUCACCCGUGGAAACCGAGCAGAUCCAAGAGGCCCUGACUCAGCUGGAUGUAAACUGGGAAAAACUUAACAAGUUGUACAAGGACCGUCAUGCGAGGUUUGACAGAUCUGUGGAGAAGUGGCGUCGAUUCCACAUUGACUUAAAAAGCCUUGUCCAGUGGCUGACUGAAGCUGAAUGUGUUCUGGCUAAGAUGAGGACUGACUCUGGGUGCCUUGACCAAACCAAAGCCAAAGAACAAUUUAAGGAGCUUCAGGAUGGCAUCGGAAGUCAGCAGGCGGUUGUCACUGCGCUGAAUGUGACCGGGGAGGAGAUCAUCCAGCAGACGUUUGCCGACGACGCCGGCAUCUUCAAGGGGAAACUCGCCAGUGUCAACGCUCGGUGGCAGGAGGUCUGCCGGCUGGUGGCUGAGAGAAGAAGGAGGUUGGAGGAAGAAGAAAAUAUCCUGUCUGAAUUACAGGAAGAUCUGAAUGAAUUUAUCUGUUGGCUCGAGGAGGCUGAGAGCAUUGCAGCAAUCCAACCGGAACCUGGAAAUGAACUGCAGUUGAAAGAGUGCUUGGAGAAAGUCAAGUUAAGAGUGGAAGAACUACCUCCACGUGAAAGAAUAUUAAAACAGCUGAAUGAGAGUGGAGAGCUUGCACUUGAGAGGAAGCUUAACCGUGAAGAACACAAGAAAAUUGAGAUUGACCUGAAACAGGCCAACCACCACUGGGCACAGGUGUCCAGAGAUCUGCCUGAAAAACAAAAAGAAAUUGAAUAUCUGCUGAGAGGUGUUACACAAUUCCAACAACAGCUACAUCAGCUGGCACUCUGGGCUUCGACCACAAAAGACCAGCUAGAACUUUACAGACAAGUUGGAAUACCGGGGGCUUUCGAUACAAAGGAAACUGAGGACGAAGCUCAAGCCAAACAAGCAGAUGUGGAAGCAAUCUUAUCGAAGGCUCAACAGUUGUACAAGGAAAAACCAAUCACCCAGCCAAUAAAGGGAAAGCUUGAAGACCUGAGUUCUGAUUGGAAAGCUAUCAAUACAUUACUUCUGCAGCUGAAAGGGAAACCAGAGGCAUCAAGGGUCAUCUCCACUGGUGUCUCUGCUGUUGGCACUUGUGCUGGGGAAACGCCUGUGGAAAACGUGAUCAGCAGCAUGUACAGUCAAACUGUUACCGUACUGUCACAGACGCUGGUUACAAAGGAAACAACCACCUCUAAGCUGGAAAUGCCGUCGUCCCUACUGAUGGAGGUGCCAGCCAUGGCCGACUUCAAUAAAGCCUGGGUUGAGCUCACAGACUGGCUCUCUCUGUUGCAUCAUGUAAUCAAAACCCAGAUAGUGACGGUCGGAGACCUUGAAGAAAUCAAUGACAUGAUUGUCAAACAGAAGGCCACUCUGCAGGACCUAGAGCAAAGGCAUCCUCAGCUGGAAGAUCUGAUUACUGCAGCACAGAACCUGAAGAACAAGACCAACAAUCCGGAGGCUCGAGCCACCAUCACUGACCGCAUAGAUAAGAUCCAGGUCCAGUGGGAGGAAGUACAGGGCCGGCUCCAGAGCCGAAGGCAGCAGCUUCAAGAGAUGCUGAAGGACUCGAGUCAGUGGCUUGAAGCGAAACAGGAGGCCGAACAGGUGCUGGAGAAGGCCAAAGCCAAAUUGGAGUCAUGGAAGGAAAUAUCUUAUACAGUUGAGGCACUGAAGAAGCAAAAUGCAGAUCUAAAGCAAUUUGUGAAGGAGCUCCGGCAGUGGCAGAUUAACAUAGAUGUGGCAAACGACCUUGCAUGCAAGCUGCUGCGGGACUACUCUGCUGACGACACCAGGAGAGUCGAUCUGAUGACAGAGAGCAUGAAUAAGUCCUGGGCAAGCAUUAAUAAGAAGGUGGGAGAGAGGGAGGCAGCGUUGGAAGCAGCUCUCAGGCUCCUGCAGCAGUUCUACCUGGAUCUGGAGAAGUUCCUUGGCUGGUUGACGGAAGCUGAGACAACAGCCAAUGUUCUCCAAGAUGCCACCCACAAGGAGGGUUUGCUGGAUGAUGCCCAUGUGGUUCGAGAGCUCGUGAAGCAGUGGCAGGACCUGCAGUCAGAGAUCGAGGCCCACACUGAGGUGUUCCACAGCCUGGAUGAGAAUGGGCAGAAGAUCCUGAAGUCUCUGGAGGGCUCAGAAGAUGCCACGCUGCUGCAUCGACGGCUGGACAACAUGAACGUCCGAUGGGGCGAGCUGCGUAAGAAGUCCAUCAGCAUCAGGUCCCAUCUGGAAGCCAGCACUGAGCAGUGGAAGCGCUUACACCUCUCUCUCCAGGAACUCCUGGCUUGGCUCCAGCUAAAGAAUGAGGAACUGACCAGACAGAAGCCCAUUGGGGGCGAUGUUCCUACUGUCCAAAAGCAGCUGGAUACACACAGGGCUUUCAAGAGGGAACUGAAAGCUAAAGAACCUGUUAUAUUGAACACUCUGGAGACAGUGCAGAUGUUCCUGGCAGAGCAGCCAGUCGAAGGGCUGCAAAGGCAUUAUCAGGAUCCAAGAGAGCUGUCGGCUGGGGAACGGGCCCAGAACAUCUCCCGAAUCCUACGCAAGGAGUCAGAUGACGUGAAGACGGAGUGGGAGCGUCUGAACAGGCGCUCUGCAGACUGGCAGAAGAAGCUGGAUGAGGCCUUGGAGAGGCUGCUGGAGCUGCAAGAGGCCAUGGAUGAGCUGGACCUCAAACUGCACCAGGCUGAGAUGGUCAAGCAGGGCUGGCAACCCGUGGGUGAUCUUCUCAUUGAUUCCCUGCAGGACCAUAUAGAGAAACUAAAGGCCUUCCGAGCUGAAAUAGCUCCGAUUAAAGAGAAUGUAACCCAUGUGAAUGACCUGGCGUCCAAGUUCACCCCUCCAGACAUCCAGCUCUCCCCUUACAACCUUAACCGUCUGGAGGAUCUGAACACACGCUGGAAGCUCCUGCAGGUUUCCAAGGAAACCUCCAGAAACUCAGGGCAAAUGAAGGAGGGAGGGGAGAUCUCCAAGGUGUCCAUUGAGGAGCGCCUAAAACAGCUGCAUGAAGCCCACAGGGACUUUGGCCCAACAUCACAGCACUUCCUCUCCACUUCUGUCCAGGGUCCCUGGGAACGGGCAAUAUCACCAAACAAAGUGCCCUACUACAUCAAAAAAGAAAAAGGAAAAAGGCCUCUGACACACACAAGGACAGAAGAAAAAGAAAGCCACCAGACCCAGACGACAUGCUGGGAUCAUCCCAAGAUGACUGAACUCUACCAGUCUUUAGCUGACCUGAACAAUGUCAGGUUCUCUGCGUACAGAACCGCCAUGAAGCUUCGAAGACUGCAGAAAGCUCUCUGCUUGGAUCUCUUGGGCCUUUUGGCAGCGUGUGAGGCCUUUGACCAACACAACCUCAAACAGAACGAGCAGCUCAUGGACAUCCUCCAGAUCAUUAACUGCUUGACCACAAUAUAUGACCGGCUAGAGCAGGAGCACAACAACCUGGUCAAUGUGCCACUGUGUGUGGACAUGUGCCUCAACUGGCUGCUCAACGUUUAUGACACGGGCAGAACAGGGAAGAUUCGUGUUCUGUCGUUCAAAACCGGCAUGGUUUCACUCUGUAAAGCACAUUUGGAGGACAAGUACAGAUACUUGUUUAAGCAGGUGGCCAGCCCCACAGGUUUCUGCGACCAGCGAAGACUAGGCCUCCUCUUGCACGACUCCAUCCAGAUUCCUCGGCAGCUGGGAGAGGUGGCUUCCUUCGGCGGCAGCAACAUCGAACCCAGCGUCAGGAGCUGCUUCCAGUUUGCCAAUAACAAACCAGAAAUUGAAGCUGCUAUGUUCCUCGACUGGAUGAGGCUGGAGCCCCAGUCCAUGGUCUGGUUGCCUGUGUUGCACCGAGUAGCAGCAGCCGAGACCGCCAAACACCAGGCCAAGUGCAACAUUUGCAAGGAGUGUCCAAUUAUUGGAUUCAGGUACCGAAGUUUAAAGCACUUUAACUACGACAUCUGCCAAAGCUGCUUCUUCUCUGGGCGUGUUGCAAAAGGUCAUAAAAUGCAGUACCCCAUGGUUGAAUAUUGCACACCGACAACUUCAGGAGAAGAUGUGAGAGACUUUGCCAAGGUGCUGAAAAACAAGUUCAGAACAAAGCGAUAUUUUGCAAAGCACCCUCGGAUGGGAUACUUGCCAGUGCAGACAGUGCUGGAGGGAGACAACAUGGAAACUCCUGUUACUCUGAUCAACUUCUGGCCGGUAGAUUAUGCCCCUGCCUCUUCCCCACAGCUGUCACACGAUGAUACGCAUUCACGAAUUGAGCAUUAUGCUAGCAGGCUAGCAGAAAUGGAGAACCGUAACGGAUCUUAUCUCAAUGACAGCAUCUCGCCCAACGAAAGCAUCGAUGAUGAACAUUUGUUAAUCCAGCACUACUGCCAAAGUUUGAACCAGGAGUCUCCACUGAGUCAGCCUCGCAGCCCGGCCCAGAUCCUCAUCUCCCUGGAAAACGAGGAGAGAGGAGAGCUUGAGAGGGUCCUGAAUGACCUAGAAGAAGAAAACAGAAAUCUCCAGUCCGAGUAUGACCGACUGAAAGAGGCGCACGAUCACAAGGGCCUCUCCCCCCUGCCUUCCCCUCCUGAGAUGAUGCCUAUCUCCCCCCAGAGCCCUCGAGAUGCCGAGCUCAUUGCAGAAGCCAAACUGCUCCGCCAGCAUAAGGGCCGCCUGGAGGCCAGGAUGCAGAUCCUGGAGGAUCAUAACAAGCAGCUUGAGUCCCAGCUGCACAGAUUGAGACAGCUGCUGGAACAGCCCCAUGCAGAUGCCAAGGUCAAUGGUACUACAGUCUCCUCUCCUUCUACCUCCUCCCAGCGAUCGGACAGCAGCCAGCCAAUGCUGCUCCGUGUAGUUGGCAGCCAGACUACAGAAACCAUGGGUGAUGACGACCUUUUGAGCCCACCCCAGGACGCAAGCACAGGUCUCGAGGAGGUGAUGGAGCAGCUCAACAACUCUUUCCCCACAACCAGAGGUAACAAUGUAGGAAGCCUCUUUCACAUGGCAGAUGAUUUGGGCCGAGCAAUGGAAUCCUUGGUGACAGUAAUGACAGACGACGAGGGGUUGGAUUAACAGAAUUUUCCUGCAACACUGAAUUCUGAAUAUCAAGCAUGCUUUUUUUGUUUUUUGUUUUUUUUAUAAUAGUUCAUACAACGAAAAAAGGAUCGGAUUGUAAACGUUUACAAAGAAAAAAAAUGAUCUAUAUUUUUGUGAAGGAUAGUGGUAAUAAAACUGUAGAUUUCAGUAGUUUCCUAAGUCUGAUAUUGUUUUGUUAACAAUGGCAGGUUUUACACUUCUAUGCAAUUGUACAAAAGAAAAAAAUGAACUACAUGUAAAAUCUUGUUAGUUGAAUAACUUGCCAUUUUGUAUGGAACGCGUUUCGGAUUGUUUAAAAAUAAAUUUGUAACCAUUAUAAAGAAAGAUUGUAAACUAUAGGGUGCUUUAUAAAAUACAUAUUUUAUUGUUUAUAAAAACCAAAAAAAGAAAAGAGAGUAAACAUUUAAAGGCAAUGCAUUUGUUUUGCUGCAUUACAGUUCUGUAAUUGUGUAAAGUAUACAUUAUCAGUGUUAUUUUUCUUACUUAUCAAAGAAAAGUUAUCCUAUAAUGGUACCAAAUUGUUCAUCAGGUCAUCUGUCAUUUUUUCAUCAUUUUAUCAUUAUUAUCCUAGGGCUUGGGACAGGUUCAAAAUUGAACAUCUUCCACAAGGAAAGUGCCAGAUUAAAAUGAAAGAUUUUUGGGCUCAUAAUUAGUGGCAGGCCAGAAGUGUCUCUCUAUUCUUGCUGCUGUGCAAUUAUCAGAGUCUUGGAAGUUUAAAUAAUGCAAUCGUACUUACAAAGUUUAUUUUUUAUUUUUACCAUGGUGUUUCGGUAUGUUGCUAAGUAACGUCUUUUAACCAUUGCAAUUGUGAAUACUUAUUUUCAAGCAUGGAUUUGCCUUUUUUUAUAUAAAGGUAGUCAAAGGGAAAUACUAUAAUUGUAUUCUUUGCAAGCGUGACAAUGGAAUUCUAGUACCCUUAUUUUUUAAUGGGUUUUAAAAAUAAUAAUAAUAAUAAUGACUAUAACAACAUACUAAUGAAUAUAUAGAUUGUGAACAUCAUUAAACUUAUCUUUUAUCUUUGUCCCAGUUCUAGUUUUAAGUUUGUGUAAUAAGUAGAAUGUUGCAUCAAUGAGCUGUGUUUCAAGGGUUAACCACUAGAGCUCACAUUUUGGACUAUCUUUAUGCUUUAGUGCAUUCUUGGUCGUUUACUGACUGACAGAAGCUCUUUUUUAUGUGAACACCAGUCAUUUUCUAAUCAUGCAAUUUCUACCUCAGUUUUGUUUUAUGGUACGCUCUACUAAUGUGACAUGACCCCUGCCCGAAAAAUGUAGUUUCUGUCAUCAACAAAUCAAUUUACAAACAGAUGAAUUUAGAACCAUGCUUUGAGAAUGAACACCUGCCUCAUGCAUUUUAAGCCUUUUAUACUCUCACAGUUAAGGUACUACUAUUUUUUUCUUGUGCUUUUUUUCUUCUAUAUCAAACUGUUGUGUUUUAAGCUACUUUUAUUCUAUUAUUUUAAGGGGAGUUGAGUCUGUUUUAUUAAAAAACAAAGGUUUGAGAGUUUCUUUUUUUUUUUGCUUUAUGUAUUAUGCUUUGAAAUUUCAUUUCAUAUAUAUGUGUAACCACAAAGUAUUAAAUUUAAACCAUAAACAGUCAAACUGACCACCUAUGUAUCACAGCAGCAUGUUAUUUCAUUUUUAAUCACUUAGAUAUCGUGUUCUUUUAACCCAAAAAUUGUCAUCUACUACUAAUUUUACAACUCAUUUUACAUUUUGUUUUCACAACAUAUCAAAUUCCACCAAAUAUAUGCCUUACUAUUGUAUUAUGAAUUGCUUUAUGUGUAUAUCAAUAAAGCACGCAAUUAUGUUACAUUG